UAACAUUUCGUGAAACCUGUUCGAUGGAGCCAUAUUUCAUAAUAUUUCUAAUAUGAGUGGAUUGUUAUGGAACAUAGACAAUUCUUCGUUCUAGAGUGUCAAUAAACAAGUGUUUAUUAAAAUAACAUGUCCUUCUCUCACCACGGAUGGGAUCGUAUGGACUUCAGUUGAUAAAUGCAAGAGCGUUGUCGUUGCAUAACCGUUCUUUUCAUGAGACUUUGAUUGCAGAUCCUUGACCUACAUUUUUUUAAAGUAGAAUUGACCUUGGAGAAAGAGAGAGAGAGAGUGCGUGGGUAGCAGGUGGAAUCAUCAGAAUUUUUGAGGUCGCUAUUAUUCAUGGUGGCCUUCGACUAGUCAUGAGUGCGUUCAACAUCACGUUCAUUUACAGUUACAUCACAUAACCAACUUCGCUUGAUAUCCGUACGAACAAAAGGUAUAAAUGAGCCAUUUAUCAUGAUUUGAGCGACUCGUUAUACAUCGCGUCAUUCUGAAGGGGCUCUUUGCAGGAAUAUGAUGGGAAAUUUCUCUGGCAGUGGAAACAGCGAUGCAAUGAUGAUGUCUGAAAGCGAGUUCGUAAGCGAGUUUUACUUCGACAAUUAUACGUCACCAGCCUACGCGUCUCAAGAUGAUUUUAAUAUUAUCUUCGCCGUGAUCGCUGGAUUCAUCUGUUUGAUUGGAAUCGUGGGAAACUCGUUAGUGAUCGCAGUGACUCGUGGCCGGUUAAAGGGCUUACACAAGACCAUGAGCGUCUUCAUUCUCAAUCUCAGCGUAGCGGAUUUCUUGUUUCUUGUUUUCUGUGUGCCUAUAUCAGUCGUCAUUUUUACAACGGAAUCAUGGCACUUAGGUUUGUUCAUAUGCAAGCUUUAUGAAUUCCUUGUGCACGCAUCAAUGCUAGCGAGCAUAUUUACCCUGGUAGCCAUGUCUUUAGACAGGUUCUCAGCCGUUGUUUAUCCACUAAAGUUGUUACAACAUCGUUCCAUUUCAAAUGCUAAAAUCAUCGUAAUAGUGAUUUGGCUUGUUUCAUGUGCAUGCGCUGCUCCCCAUCUGGUCUACAAUGAAGUCAAAGAUUAUGGUGGUGGCAUGCGGCUCUGUCAGACGAUAUGGCCGACACACGAAGCACGAAAAACAUACCUUACAUUUGUAUUCUUGGUGGGAUAUUUGAUACCGCUUUUCUUCGUAACGUGCGCGUACGUGAUGAUCCUGCGCGCUCUUUGGAGAACUCUUCGCAUCAUGAAAGGAUCUCGAGAAUCAAGCAUGGGUAAAUCCAAACGGAAAGUGACGAUCAUGGUUUCUGUUGUUGUACUUGUCUUUGGCAUAUGUUGGUUUCCUCAUCAUCUCAUCUUCAUGUGGCAGAGCUACGGUGACUUUCCUUAUAAUGAAGGAACGAUUAAACUCAAAGCUGCUUCUCUGUGCCUUUCUUACAUCAAUUCAUGUCUUAAUCCCAUCAUCUAUUCCAUCAUGUCUGAGAAUUUCCGCAAGGCUAUGAAGAAAGCCCUGCAGAAAUGUGGAGCUGAUUCACCGAACCUCCAAGGGAGCGGACAGGGGAGGGGAGCACCUGGUAUCAGACUAACGCCCGUCACGCAACAUAACCAUUAUCAUUUCCAACCGAACAACAAUCAAGAAUCGCAGAGGAGGUAUUAUCCUCAUCGUAAUCAUCAUCGUCAUCGACUCAGUGAUUCGAAUCGAUUGCAGAACACGAGUACCAAGCCGAUUACGUGGUAGAAUGAUGUGAGCAAGAGACAAAUGAGAUCUGUAUAGGACCGAAAAGACCCUUGAAGAGGGUCACUUCCAGAUUUCAUUUCUUCUGUUUAAAAGGACCCGUCCAAGAGAAUGUAACCAUAAUGGUAACGGUAAAAAAUGGAAUGGGAGAGGAUAUGACUUUGAUCAAAGCAGCUGUAACACCAAUAUAGACACCAGUAUAAUUUCUUUCGAGUUCUUUCAAUGUUUUAUUAAUGUUAUCAGAUAAUCUAUCAUAUCGAUUAAAAAAAUAAAAAU